AUGAAACUUUGUUGCAACCCGUCAUUGAGGUUCUAUUCAGAAAAUUUGCUGGUGACAAAUGAUGUUCUUAAAAUUGCUGAUUUUGGACUGGCUAGAGAAGUAUCAUCAAUGCCUCCAUAUACUCAAUAUGUUUCCACACGAUGGUACAGAGCUCCUGAAGUUUUGUUGCAGUCCGCAUGUUAUACUCCUGCUGUUGACAUGUGGGCUAUUGGUGCUAUAUUAGCUGAGCUUUUUACUUUGACCCCCAUAUUUCCUGGUGAAAGUUUCGGUAAUUGGUUUAAUUAUAAUGGCUACGCUGUUUCUGCACGAGAUGGGAACUUAAACUAUGUCAGUGGACUUGAUUCGUGGAGAGACUCUUCCGAUUCAUAUAAAUAUGACAUUCCCUUCUUUACCUUCUUGAGUGAGCUAAUUACUAUGACAGUAAGAAAUUCCAAAGGUAAGGAAUUUGGCUAUGCAAGUAGGCCAAGUCAGAAAGGAGAGUAUAGUAGCAUGGUAAUAGUGAUGUGGGUCAUGAAAGGUGAAAGGUGUCAAACCAGCCCACUUUGCUUUCAUUUAGAAUAUGGUCACAGUUUGGAAGAGUUAAAGAAGCACAUGGUAGAGGAGGCAGGUAGCUCACAUAAUUCUCAAGCCAUCAAAGAUACUACAAGCUGA